AUGGAAUCGAAAGACUACACUUUGGGGGGUUCAACGGUCGAAAAGGGUGAAUUUCUUAGUGGAAUUCGGCCCAUUCGGGAUAUUACAUUUACACUACGCAUCGUUCGGAAUAGCUUCGCGGAGCGUAGUAUUAUCCCAUUUCGGCCAGAUAUCGUUAUUCAACCUCUCAUCAACGCUGAAUUACCAUAUCAAGAGAUUACUGGCUUUAACCUAGACGGAAACAACGCGCGUGGUAUCCAACGCACACCAUCUCCGACCGUCUCAUCAAGCUCAAUCGAUCAACCAAUAACACUACGACGUAUUCAAAAGAGCUUUAAGAAGCUAAAGCCAUAUCUUCCAUCGCCAGGGCAGCCAGUAUCAAUCAAUCCCGAGAAGCUUCGCAGACGAUUUGAACGCAUCGAGCGUUACACUACAAUUGAGUAUGAGAAAGGUGUACUAAAAGACACAAUCAUUGAGACCUUUCGGGAGGUCCGCACCAAAAAGAUCCAUACCCGAUCGAAGCGUCAGCUAUCAAAGACCUCAGUUCUGACCGUUCGGGACGCUAAACGCAAAAUUCAUGAGCGUACAGCCAAAGAAAACACGCGGGUGAUGAAGCGCAUGCGUCGGGCGAACGUUAAAAAGUGGGAUAAUCAGCCAGAUCAGCCUAAUCAGCCUGAUUUGACACCACAGGCAUCAAAUUCAAUGCAAGAUGCAGAGGAUGAUAUAUUAUUCGUUAUAGAUACUGUGGGGGAUAGAUCGUUAUAG